CAGUUUCUGUUGGUAAGAUCGGUUGAUGCAUCGGGACCACACAGUUAUACAAGGACCUGAAGCUUAGAAACAAGCUACCAACGUGCACACUGAAAAAGAAGCAGCAUGGGCUGUAGCAGAAACUGUGGGCUACUCACGGGGGCUAUCAUUGGUGGAGUACUGGCUGUAUUUGGAGGUGCCCUCAUACCACUUGGAGAUUACCUUGUUGACAGGAAAAUAAGAAAGGAAGAUGUCAUCGAAAAUGGUACAAUAGCUUAUGAAAACUGGGUUGUGCCAGGAAGUGCUGUUUACAGGCAGUUUUGGUUCUAUGAUGUGCAAAAUCCACAGGAAGUGAUGAACAAUGGAUCACGGCCAAUACUCAAACAAAUUGGACCUUACACAUACAGGAUGCGAUAUUUACCCAAAGAAAAUAUCACUCAACAUCCUGACUACACCGUGUCCUAUAUGCUGCCAAAUGUUGCUCGCUUCGAGCCUGAUAUGUCAGUUGGGUCCGAAAAUGACACCUUUACAUGCAUCAAUCUCGCUGUUGUUGCUGCACCUGCCAUGUAUCAAAACUCUUUUGUACAGAUAUUGCUAAAUACAUGGAUCAAGUCAUCUAAAUCGCUCAUGCUUCAAACCAGAAGUGUGAAAGAAAUUCUUUGGGGCUACGAAGACCCAUUCUUAAAGAAAGUGCUAUUUCCUGUGGACCGAACAAUUGGUGUCUUCUACCCUUAUAAUGGCACAUCUGAUGGACUGUACAGAGUCUUUAAUGGGAAAGAUGACAUAAGGAAAACUGCAAUAAUUCAAUCCUAUAAAAACAAAAGCACUCUUUCCCUCUGGGAUGGCCAGUGUGACAUGGUCAAUGGAACAGAUGGUGCAUCAUUUCCUCCUUUUGUAAAGAAGGACAGGAUCCUGCACUUCUUUUCCUCUGAUAUUUGCAGAUCUAUCUAUGGCAUAUUUGACAGUGAGCAGACUGUGAAGGAAAUCCCCCUGUAUCGUUUUACAGUUCCUCGUGCAGCAUUUGCAUCUCCUCUUGAAACUCCAGAAAAUAAAUGCUUCUGCACAGAAACUGUUCUGUCAAAGAAUUGCACAUCAUCUGGAGCCCUGGACAUUAGCGCCUGCAAAGGAGGAAAACCAGUGUAUAUUACACUUCCCCAUUUUCUGUAUGCAAGUGAAGAUGUGUCCGAGAAUAUUGAAGGAUUGAGUGCAAAUAAGGAUGAACACGAGACCUUUUUAGACGUAGAGCCUACCACAGGGUUUACAUUACGAUUUGCCAAAAAGCUGCAAAUAAACUUACUGGUGAAUCCUGCACCAAAGAUCGAGGCUUUAUCAAAACUUACCAAAUCCUAUAUCUUUCCUGUUCUUUGGCUGAAUGAGACGGCGAUUAUUGAUGAUGAGAAAGCAGCAAUGUUCAGAUCGAAAGUAAUCUCUCCAAUCAAGCUGCUGCACUUGCUGCAGGUGGUGCUGAUCGUAGUCGGUUGUGUGAUGUUCCUAGCAUUUGCAAUCUCAUAUUGCAUAUGCAAAUCAAAUAAAUUAAGUGACAAAGAAGUUUACUUGUAGGAAUAGUUACUUCAAAUUUCAAACAAGGAGUUUGUAAAAUUCAGCGGCAAAACAAUCUGGUCUUAUGAUACCAUUUAUACACGUAAACACACUAUGGAAUGAAUGUGCCUUUCCUUUCUGUAAAGAACAUACAGAAUCCAGCUUCUCAACCAGCAAUGCCUGAUGUUUCAAAAAGCCCAUUUUUACAACCUCAUUGAAGAGGCCACAACAAUAUCAUAUUCUGAAACCACUAUCAUGGUACAAACUCUAUUACAAAUAGCAUAUUAGCAGGUGAACACCGAAAUCCAGUUUGGAAUCCAAUCCACUUUCUGCCAUUUAUACAACUUGCUAGUUCGCUUCUCUUGGGACUGUGAGAAUAGAAGUAAAAGCCAGUUGCUGAUGUUCUGGUUCUAAGUAUGUGGGAUGGUGACCUCAUCAAGCUCAUGCAGUGCCCUAGAAGUUAUUUUUCCCCAUUCCUUCAAGCAAUGGAAGUUGCUGCAGUAGAACUGCUCUCCUGUCUUCAGAGAUGUGAAUUUUAAUUACUAUAAAGUUUAUUAUGUAAAGUGGUUAACCAUAAUAUCUGAAUGUCAAUAAAGGGUUUCUGAAAAGCUUUA